AUGUCGAAAGUAACUAAUGAAGACGAUAACAACAUCAAUAAUGAUACGAAUAAAAGUUCUGGCACAAAUUCAAAUCUAACGGAGAUAAAUAAUCACGCAACUAACAGUGAGAAGGAUAUAGGGAGAGUAUCGCAUUCUCUACCCGUGCCCAUGCCUUCAAGUUCAGCAGUUCCGGUAUCAACGAUGACAGCAACUCCAGCGACAGGUCCUUCUACAUCACCUCAAAAUUCUUCCCCAUAUCUCAGCCAUUAUGGCUAUCAGACAAAUGCAAACUACCCAUCUGUUCCAUACUUGGCACCAUCACUGUCAUAUAAUAAUUAUUUCAAUUCAAGGGUCCCAAAUCAGCCCUUCGACCAUCAGUUAAAUUCGAAUACUAUAAAUCAAUCGGUACAGGGUUCUACGGGUAUCUCAGAUACCACUUCAAUCCCUCAGAAUCCUUCUCAAAUGCAACAGCAUCAAAGUCAAAGUCAAAGUCAGCAACAUUUCACUCAGUCAUCUGUUCCUUCUGAGGAGAACCUAAAUUACAUAUUCAAAGUUGGAGGGUCCAAGAGUAAAGUAGACGAAUAUUCUAGGAAAUUUAAUUCUAAAAAAAUAAAGGACAUUCAAUCAAGGCCUUAUGUUUGCUCGUUUCCUGGAUGCGAAUGGGCUUUUGCCAGACAGUCUGACUUGAGACGACAUGCGAAAUCCCACGCUGAGCCGAUGUUUCACUGUCCUUACUGGAGAAAUGAUCCUACAUGCCAUCGUAAUGGUGGAGCUUUCAAUCGUCUAGAUGUUUUAAAGCGACACUUACGACUAGUUCAUUAUAUUCAAGAUAAGCAACAAAUUAUACCAGGGUCAAAAGAAGACCCCGGGUGGUGUAGGGCAUGCCAAAGGAUGUUUUCGAAUUCAAAACAGUUUAUUGAUCAUUGCACGGAGUGCGCUCUGCUGCUAAGUCCAGCCGAAUGGAAAGCAACAGGGUUUCAAGGUCAACCAACGACGGAUCAUCAAUUACAAAAGUCAGCCGCUAAUAAUACAUCUCCUCAGAAUGUUAAUUACGAUGAUAAUCAACGUCAACAAGUCGAAAGUGCAGCGGCAGCUAUUUAUGAUCUUCCGAAGAUUGGCAAGAAUGAUGACAAGGAGAAUUACUUUUUGAAUUCCGACGAUGGAGGAGACCCAUCUUUGACGAGUCCUAAUAAUCUAUCGAAGAGAAAAAAUGAUUUGGAGAGUGAGACAGACAGUAAACGAUCAAAAAGGGACUAA